GUAAGUCCGUCUCUCUGUCGGCCUUUUCCUGCAUGGUUGCUUUUCCACCCAGCUCCUCCUCCUGGUUGUGAAGGCCAUCAUUUUCUUUACUUCAGAAAACCAGGUAAUGCUUUCUAUUUUUACGAUUUUCUUUCGUUUACUAUAUCUGCCUGUUCGGCUGCCGAGAAAAUUAUGGGAAGACAACAAAACAUUUUGAAAUGGUGCGGCCUUUAGUAUUUGAUUGAUACUGAAAAAUUUGGAAGCUAUCUCAACGGAAAAUCAAGUCUAAAUAGGGGCAAGUUUGUCAGGAUGGAAGACUUGCCUAGCAAUUUCCUAAGUAAAGAAUACUUCAGUGAGGAUAUUAGUGAUACACUCCGGAUACUUGUUGCUACCGAUUGCCAUUUGGGCUACAUGGAGAAGGAUGAAGUUCGUCGACACGAUUCAUUUCAAGCAUUUGAUGAAAUAUGUUCUAUAGCAGAGCAAAAGCAGGUGGACUUCUUGCUUCUUGGUGGUGAUCUUUUCCAUGAGAAUAAGCCCUCCAGGUCAACAUUAGUGAAGACCAUUGAGAUUCUUCGACGCCACUGUCUUAAUGACAGACCAGUGCAGUUCCAAGUUGUCAGUGACCAGACAGUAAAUUUUGCAAAUAUAUUUGGCCACGUAAAUUAUGAAGAUCCUCAUUUCAAUGUUGGUUUGCCUGUGUUCAGUAUUCAUGGAAACCAUGAUGAUCCUGCUGGAGUGGACAACCUUUCUGCUGUGGAUAUCCUCUCAGCGUGCAAUCUUGUGAAUUACUUCGGGAAAAUGGUUCUUGGUGGUUCUGGUGUUGGACAGAUUACUCUCUAUCCUAUUCUUAUCAGGAAGGGUUCAACAGCUGUAGCGCUCUAUGGUCUAGGGAAUAUCAGGGAUGAACGACUCAAUAGAAUGUUUCAAACACCACAUGCUGUACAGUGGAUGCGGCCCGAAGCUCAAGAUGGGUGUGAAGUUUCAGACUGGUUCAACAUUCUGGUACUUCACCAGAACAGGGUGAAGACAAACCCAAAAAAUGCAAUAAAUGAGCACUUUUUGCCGCGGUUCCUGGAUUUUGUAGUAUGGGGCCAUGAACAUGAAUGCCUUAUUGACCCUCAGGAAGUAUCGGGAAUGGGAUUUCACAUUACGCAGCCAGGUUCUUCAGUAGCAACAUCAUUGAUUGAUGGAGAAUCAAAGCCAAAGCACGUGCUUCUUCUAGAGAUUAAGGGAAAUCAAUAUCGUCCAACAAAGAUACCUUUGACUUCUGUGAGGCCUUUUGAAUAUGCAGAGGUUAUUUUAAAGGAUGAAGCUGACAUUGAUCCCCAUGAUCAAAACUCAAUUCUUGAACAUUUGGAUAAAAUGGUCAGAAAUCUUAUAGAGAGAUCCACCAAGAAGAAUACUAACAGGUCAGAGCUCAAGCUCCCAUUAGCGCGCAUUAAGGUAGACUACUCUGGAUUCAUGACAAUAAAUCCUCAAAGAUUUGGGCAGAAAUAUGUGGGGAAGGUUGCAAAUCCCCAGGAUAUUCUUAUAUUCUCGAAGUCUUCUAGAAAGGGAAGGAAUGAAGCUAAAAUAGAUGAUUCAGAACGCCUUCGCCCGGAAGAACUUAAUCAACAAAAUAUAGAAGCUUUGGUUGCUGAAAAUAACCUGAAAAUGGAAAUCCUUCCGGUCAAUGAUUUGGAUGUCGCAUUGCACAAUUUUGUCAACAAGGAUGAUAAACUGGCUUUUUAUUCUUGCGUGCAGUACAACAUUGAAGAAACUCGAAACAAAAUCGCUAAGGAUUCAGAUCCUCUGAAAUUAGAGGAGGAAGAUUUUAUACUUAAAGUUGGAGAGUGCUUGGAGGAACGUGUCAAAGAAAGGUCCUUGCACCCUAAGGACACUACAGAAUUCACCUCGCCUGGGCAGUCUUUGGGGAAUGACAGGAGGAGAGAUGCGGCAGGAAUUGGAAAUACAGUUUCCUUCAGUGAUGAUGAAGACACAACACAAAUAUCUGGUUUGAAGUUUCCUGCUAGACGUCGGAAAGGAUCAGCAGCUUCUCAGUCAUCUCAUGAUGCCUCAAAUGUUGUUAAAACUAAGACUUCUACUAGAGGAAGGGGUCGGGGGAGAGGAUCUAUGAACUUGAAGCAGACAACUCUUCAUGCAACACUAGGUUUUCGUCAAUCCCAGAGAUCUGCAUCAGCUGCAGCAACAACUGCUGUCCGAAGUAUUGCAGAUGAGGAGGAUAUGGUAGAAUCUGCUUCAAGUGAAGCAGAGCAAUAUUGUACCAACGAUGUUGAAAACAGUUCGGAAGGAGAUGAAAACCUGCAAAGUAGAGGACGCAAAAGAGCUGCUCCUAGGGGUAGAGGGAGGGGUUCUACAUCCUCUAAGCGUGGAAGAAAAUCAGAUAACUCUUCUUCAAUUCAUAGAAAGCUGAUGAAUAAAGAUGAUGAUGAAGAAGAAGAGGAAGAAGAAGAAAGAGCGAGGAAACUGAAGAAAUCUCAACCUCGGGUUAGUGACAUUCCCUUAUGUUAUUUUCUAAAAAGAAGCAUUUUGUUUCCAAAAAGUUUCAAUAGGGUACUAGGUCACUUUACUGGAUUCUUCUCCAGUGUUCUUCAAAAGUAAAUAACA